CACGUUCGAAUAAAAAUCGACUUAUAUAUCUCGUCUUGUAGGUUUUCUCGGUUUCACUGGGCGAAUGAAGAAAUAACAAAUCGUUAUGGGGUCCUCACCUUGGCUUUUGGAGACAAUAAGAUGGCUUUUGGAGACAAAAAGAUGGGGAAGACGAGGGGUUUGGUCCUAUCAGCAACAAUGUCUGAGUAGAGAUAAGAUAAUGGCACGGUGGUUCAGGAUGGAGUAGCGUGACUCCCAAGAAGCAGCCCACGGCUUGAUUCACUUCCUUGUAGCUCUCGUCCAACGCAAUGUUCUCAGCUUACCGGGGCAUCGGAGGUGAAGCCCAAUUGCCUAACGAUUUGCUGGCAGCGGAUCUCGGCUCCGGUGAGCAGGAAACAGCCUCCAAUGAUGCCGGGCGAUACCCCAUGGCAGAGAGAAGCAGUUCUAGCGGUUUGAGAUUGAAGCUCCUCGGCUUGCUUCCUCUUCUUGGCUCAGUUGAGGGGACACCGGGACAUGAUGGAUGGAAAUGGCGGUUCAUGGAGGUGUUGGUGACGUAA